AACAGGCCCGCGAUGUCCGCAACAAUGAAGUGGUGGCCAUCAAGAAAAUGUCCUACAGCGGCAAGCAGACGAAUGAGAAAUGGCAGGACAUCAUUAAAGAGGUGAAGUUCCUGCAGAAACUCCGUCACCCCAACACUAUCGAGUACCAGGGCUGUUACCUGAAAGAACACACAGCAUGGCUGGUGAUGGAGUACUGUCUCGGCUCGGCCUCCGACCUCCUGGAAGUCCACAAAAAGCCGCUCCAGGAGGUGGAAAUAGCUGCUAUUACCCAUGGUGCUCUGCAGGGAUUAGCAUAUCUCCACUCUCAUAAUAUGAUUCACAGAGACGUGAAAGCAGGAAACAUCCUGCUGACGGAGCCCGGACAGGUCAAACUAGGGGACUUUGGCUCUGCUUCCAUCGUGGCUCCGGCCAACUCCUUCGUGGGGACCCCUUACUGGAUGGCUCCAGAAGUGAUCCUGGCCAUGGACGAGGGCCAGUACGACGGGAAGGUGGACGUCUGGUCGCUGGGCAUCACCUCCAUAGAGCUGGCGGAGAGGAAGCCCCCGCUCUUCAACAUGAAUGCUAUGAGUGCCUUAUACCACAUCGCUCAGAAUGAAAGUCCCAUCCUGCAGUCCAAUCACUGGUCUGACUCCUUCCGUAACUUCGUGGAUUCCUGCCUACAGAAGAUUCCCCAGGACCGGCCGACCUCGGACGUGCUGCUGAACCACCGGUUCCUGUGCCGCGAGCGUCCGCUGACGGUCAUCAUGGACUUGAUCACGAGAACCAAGGAUGCCGUGAGAGAGCUGGACAACCUGCAGUACCGCAAGAUGAAGAAGAUCCUGUUCCAGGACACGGCGCUGAACGGGCCGGUGUCGGAGGGAGGGGACGACGAGGAGGAGGUGGAGCAGUACCUGCUGCAGACGGGGACCGUGAACAGCAUGGAGAGCUCCCAGUCCGUCCCCAGCAUGUCCAUCUCCGCCAGCUCUCAGAGCAGCUCCGUCAACAGCCUGGCCGACGCCUCCGACGACAGCAGCGGCGAGAUGGCCAUGAUGCAGGAGGGCGAGCACACGGUCACCUCCAACAGCUCCAUCAUCCACCGGCCCACGGGUCAGGACAACAUCUACGACGACCCGUACCAGCCGGAGAUGGACCAGCCUCAGGCCCCGUCAGCGGGACGCCGCCGAGCCUACUACCGUAACCGAGACCACUUCGCUACCAUCCGGACCGCCUCGCUGGUGACCCGUCAGAUCCAGGAGCACGAGCAGGGCUCGGCGCUGCGGGAGCAGAUGUCCGGCUACAAGCGCAUGAGGCGGCAGCACCAGAAGCAGCUGAUGGGCCUGGAGAACAAGCUGAAGGCGGAGAUGGACGAGCACCAGCUGAAGCUGGACAAGGAGCUGGAGAACCAGAGGAACAGCUUCUCCACCGAGGCCGACAAGCUGGCCAAGAAGCACCAGGCCAUCCUGGAGAAAGAGACCAAGGUCGCUCUGGCGGACGAGAAGAAGUUCCAGCAGCACAUCCUGGGCCAGCAGAAGAAGGAGCUGACGGGCCUGCUGGACUCGCAGAAACGCCAGUAUCGCCAGCGCAAGGACCAGCUGAAGGAGGAACUGAACGAGAACCAGCUGACGCCGAAGCGGGAGAAGCAGGAGUGGCUGAUCCGGCAGAAGGAGUGUCUGCAGCAGAUGCAGGCGGAGGAGGAGGCCAGCCUGCUGCGGCGGCAGCGCCAGUACUACGAGCUGCAGUGUCGCCAGUACAAGAGGAAGAUGCUGCUGGCCCGACACAACCUGGAGCAGGACCUGCUCCGAGAGGAGCUGAACAAGAAGCAGACCCAGAAGGACCUGGAGUGCGCCAUGCUGCUGCGGCACCACGAGUCCACGCAGGAGCUGGAGUUCCGGCAGCUGAACCUGGUGCAGCGAACCCGGGCCGAGCUGAUCCGGACGCAGCACCAGACCGAGCUCAACAACCAGAUGGAGUACAACAAGCGGCGAGAGCAGGAGCUGCGGCAGAAACACUCCACCGAGGUCCGGCAGCAGCCCAAGAGCCUCAAGUCCAAAGAGCUUCAGAUCAAGCGCCAGUUCCAGGAGACCUGCAAGAUCCAGACCCGGCAGUACAAAGCUCUGCGGAACCACCUGCUGGAGAGCACUCCCAAGUCCGACCACAAGGCCGUCCUCAAACGCCUCAAAGAGGAGCAGACACGUAAGCUGGCCAUCCUGGCGGAGCAGUACGACCACUCCGUCAACGACAUGCUGUCCACGCAGGCUGUGAGUAAGCUGCGGCUGGACGAGACGCAGGAGGCCGAGUACCAGGUUCUGCGGAUGCAGCUGCAGCAGGAGCUGGAGCUGCUCAACGCCUACCAGAGCAAGAUCAAGAUGCACACGGACACGCAGCACGAGCGGGAGGUCAAGGACCUGGAGCAGAGGGUGUCGAUCCGCCGGGCGCUGCUGGAGCAGAGGAUUGAGGAGGAAGUCCACUCCAUGCAGAACGAGCGCUCCGACCGCAUCCGGAACCUUCUGGAGCGCCAGGCCCACGAGAUCGAGGCCUUCGACGGCGAGAGCAUGCGCCUGGGCUUCAGCAACAUGGCGCUGUCGGGCAUCCCGGCCGAGGCCUUCAGCCAGGGCUACCCGCCCCCCAGCCCGUCCUCGGGCUCCGGCGGCUGGCCGUCCCGGCCGGUGCCGCGCUCCGGCAGCCACUGGAGCCACAGCGUCCAGAACUCGGUGGCCGCUCCGUCCUGGCGCAGCCAGAACCACGGCAUGGCCGGCUACGGCCGGGCCGACUCGGUGGCCUCGGCCCACGGCCUGGGCCGCGACGGGCUGGGCCGCGACGGCCUGGGCCGCGACGGGCUGGGCCGCGACGGCCUGGGCCGCGACGGCCUGGGCCGCGACGGCCUGGGCCGCGACGGGCUGGGCCGCGACGCCCUGGGCCGCGACGGCGAGCUGCACAAGGGCGUGCGCGGCCCGGCGGCCCCGCCCUCGCACCCGCACCACCCGCACCACCCGCACCACCACCUCCAGCAGCAGCAGCAGCAGCAGCAGCAGCAGCAGCACUACCUCCCCCAGCACUACCAGCACCACCAGAGCACGCCGCAGCUCUACCGCGACCCGCACGAACCCCGGGAGCGCGAGCGGGCCCGGGAGUGGGCGGGGGCCGGCGGCCGCUACGCCCACCACCCCCAGAGCCACCACCACCACCACCACCACCUCUCCUCCCACGCCUCCUCCCAGUCCCUGGCCCUGCUGCCGCCGCCCCCGCCCCCGCCGCCCAUCUCCCUGUCCUCCUCCUCCCCCCCGUCCUCCACCUCCUCGUCCUCGUCCUCGCAGGGCGGCUACGGCGGGGGGGGCCUGAGCGUCCGGGGCCCCGGCCUCAUGGCCCUCAGGAACAGCCCCCAGCCGCUGAGGAGGACGGCGUCGGGGGGCCCGGGGGCCGGCGGGGGCGACGGCGGCAUCAGCCGGAGCACGUCGGUCACCUCCCACAUCUCCAACGGCUCGCACCUCUCCUACUCCUGAAGGGGCCGGGCCGGGCCCCCUGGGGGCCGCCGGGGUCCGGGCGGCCCCCAGGGGGGGGCGGCGCCUUCAAUCACCUUUAAAAGUGUCGAUUUAAACGUCUUCUCGAUCCAAAUGAGCAGCGAGGUUUUGAUUAGUUUCUGAGAGCAGGAUCGGUCCCGGAGUGUUUGCACAGGAAGUCGCGCGCCAAAACCAGUCGCUGUUGCAAAACCAACGAGUCGAGCCGGCGCGUCUCUCUCUUCCACCAAAAACCCAGACUGGCGUCCAUUUGUUGGUUUUGUAGCUCGCUGAAUUGCACAGAAUUAAAGUCUCGGCUGUCGUUCGGGUUCAGCUUUUUCUCGCCUCGGUCUUGGGUCGGUGUUGACGGAGCGGCGACGCUCGCAGAGCUUCCUCUCGGCCGGCGGGGCUUCCAGAACCACUGUACUUAUGUAAAUACUUAGAAACCCGGCCGCCGACCCGCGUUGGGGAGGGGGGGGGAGGGGCCACGACCAAGGGAACGUUUGCUGAGACACUCGUCUUCUUUUUGUACUGGUAGUCCUGAUUACGACGGUUCAGACACAAACACUGCCAUCCGUAGUUGAAACGGCUCGGGGAUUACAGCGGGAGAACAUUUCCUCUCUCCAGCCUCUGCAGAGCUUUUACAUGAUUAUGUUCAGGAAUAACUGAGAUGAUGUCGGAGCGGAAACUCGCAAGAAAAGUGGAGAGUAAUGGAUCCUCCGGAGCUCCGCUGGGAGUCAGAGAGGAGCAAAGGAAACGGAGAAAAUCUGACUUUAAAUUUGAUUUCCGUCUUCAGUUAUUUUUUGGUUCUGUGAGAUUUUAACUUCCACAUUAGUUUGAAUCGGAGCUAAUUGUGACGCAGCUGCAAAGACGAAGUAUUUGUUUUUAAACUUCAUCGUUUAAAACAAAUAAAUUGUUUUUAAACUUCAAAAUGACGUAAAAUCCGGCUGGUUUUCCUGAAUCUCUGAGAGGAUCAGCCGUCCGUUAGAUCUUUCAAUCGUUCUCAUAAAUGCACCCGUUACAGAUUCUUUCUCUCUAAUCCUUGUUGCAUUUCCUUUUUUUUUUCCCGCCAUUAUCCUUGAAUUCAGUCAGCAGCAACAAAACAAAACUUAAUUUCAAGGCUUCACUUUUAAAGGCAGCGUUUUGUUAAAUCCAAGCGUCUGAAUAUCAGCUUGGCUUUAUUCGUUUAAGAAAUUCACUUUUUUUUAACAAGAAGUUUCGGAAAUAUGUGCGUUUACUUGAAAAAGUAACUAAAAAUGGAAGUUUUCAGGCUCGUCCUGCAGAGUUGGUUGAACUAAGGCUUGUUUCGGCUGCAGGACGAGGUUUACGACGCUAGCGCCUCAGGCCGGUGACCUGACAGGAACUCGCCCCUCGUGACUAAAAAACAUCCUUGUUUUUAAUGCUCGUCAAAAAUGACCUCAAAAUCAGCAGGAAAUGAUUUCAAGAGGAAAAUGUGACGUUAAAUAAAGAUUUGGCCGUUAGCUCAGAGCAGCAGUCAUUUUUAAAUCAGUGUUGUGUAUUUAUAAAAAAUAAAAUGACUAGGAAAUCAAAACAAAUUUGGUAAAUUCGGGAAAAACAGCAGAAUAAAAAUGUAAGAAGGAAAAAAUAGGUCAUUAAUGAAUAAAGUUAUAUUCAGAUAAAGAGCAAAGAUAAUUUUUUUAAUGAAAAAUUCAGUCAUAACAUGAAUUAUAUAUACGUAUAACCGACUGAUUUUUAUUUAAUUUUUUUAUGCUUGAGUUAGAAACUCAAAAAACAAGUUCAGGAAAAAUAACCAAACAACAAUGGAGCUAAUUAAUAAAUAUUCUGUGUUUUAGGGGUCAGUUUUGGUGAAACAUUAAAAAUGAAGCUGCUGAAGUUCAGAGAUGGGUUUGUUCAGGCGGAUGUUUCACUACAGCGAGUCUUCAGGAUUGAGUUUUUACAGCUUCUUAAAUCAGCUCCAGCUGGUUUAAACGUGUAAAAGCGCUGGUUUAGGCUCGUUGGAGAGAGAUCUGUUCUUAGUCUGCUCCUGGUUUCACGCAGCUCGGCAGGCCGCCUACAUCCUAGAUAAGAUGUGCCAUGUUCAGAAUCCACGUGCACACUACCUAUUUAUAUCCAUGUGUAUAAACGUACGAUACCUGUGGAGACGUAGCAGGUAUCUGUCCAGAACACUCGCGUCGUACUUACCGGUGUACAUAGAAGCACUAACUUUAAGAUGUGUUGGAGUAAUAAUGAUUAUUUUGUCAUGUGACUUUAACCGUUUUGUACUAGAUGCAGACAAAUAGAGGCCAUCCUUAUUAUUUCUACUGCUGCAGUCGAAAUAUUUAUGUUCAAAGUUUUUAAAUGUUAUUGCCAAUGUUGACCACUAGGUGGGGGAUAAGCGCAAUGUUACUGUGACAGAGCUAUAAAGAUCGGACGUUACCUUUGCCAGCGUUUCCGUUGAGGUCUCAGGGUCUCCGGGCAGGGCCGCUUCUACUUUCUACUUUUUAUUCUUUCUUUUGAGCCAGUAUUAAAACGUGGAGCUGAGCAACUGAAGUAUUUUUAGAUUCCUUCACGAUAUUUGUGCCAUGUUUUCAUUUCUAUGUUUUUACUUUUUUUAUAUAUAUAAAUAUAUAUCUGUAUGUUUUAGGCUUCUCACUCUUUUACUGGGCAGAUUACUUUCCCCAAAACACUGUAAAAUACGGAACUGAGCGCGUCUUCAGUGUUGCAGCAAAAAAACCAAUGAUCAUAUGAAAUAAUGGUCUUGAGCAGAAAAACGACGCUGGUAAUAAACAGGACGUUUUAUUGUUAAUCUUUGUCAAGAAAAAUCAGAUAUGACUCAAAGAAAAACUCAUUAAGAACACGUGUUUAAAAAAAGGAGAGUAAAAGUUUAUUAAAAUAAAUAAAAAUUAAAAUCAACAUUACAUUAAAUAACAAUUGAGAACAUAAAACUAUUACAAUUUAAAGUAAUUAAAUUCUCCUUAAAGUUAAAUUGAUAGUUGGGUAAAUUUUAGUAAAAACAUUGUUAAAAUACAAAGUAACAAUGUAUUCACAAUUAAAAUAAAAAAUUACAACUCAAUUUUUAAUAAAAAUGUUUUAAUGUAAGUUAAUACAAGUGUAAAUUUAACAUUAAAUACGGGGAUUCAAGUUAAAAAACGGACAAAAUGAAGUAAAAUCAGCAAUUUAAAAAUUGUAAACGACGAAACUACAAUCAAACUAUAUUUUUGUUAAAUUCGAUAAACUUGACCUACAUUUCUACCAGUGACGUCACGGUUCCGUGACCGUUAGUUCCCGCGAUUCAGUGUUUUGUUUUCGCCUCAGGGUGACCACGCCCCCUCGAGGCCACGCCCCUCGAGGCCACGCCCCCUCGAGGCCACGCCCCCUCGAGGCCACGCCCCCUGCUCCCGCGUCUACCUCAUCUGCAAUGAUGGUGAGCGAAUGUGUGCGCGGAGUUUGGAGGAAAAUACGUUGUUUUUUGGUUGUUUUUUUCUUGCAAAUGCUGACAAGACGGUGAAUGAGAGCGGGGGGGGAGAAGUUACCCGCGCUGUUUUCAGGGGUGGACCUUCUCUGGAGGUUCUGCACAAGAACCUGCUGCAGGUUCUGCUGCAGCUUCUGCAGGUUUCUGGUUGAAGCUGCACCAGGAAGACGAAAUCAGCCCAAAUCAGCUGUUCAUUCAUGUUUCAUUUCUGCUCCCUGAAUUAUAUUUUCUAAAUGGACGGAGCACUUUACUCACUUCUGUAUGUUACUAUCAACCUUUUGAGAAAAGUUCUUGUUCCCCCUCCUGAAUAUUUCCCUCACUGACAAAAAAAAAUAUUCAGAUAUUUGACUCACUUGUUUUGUCAGCAAAAACACCAAAAGAUCCAAGCAAGUUGAGCUUUCGGGAGGAGAUGCUGCUGAUUUAUGGACAAUCCGAGUUGCUGCAGUUGCUGAAACCAAACAAGGACUUUUCUCAAAAAGACCAGACACGUCUCCUGGUGCAGUUUCCCAACCGGACCAGAACCCGCCUGGAGUCCAGCGGGUGCAGGACCCGGUGAGGAGGAGGAGGAGGAGGAGGAGGAGG